UAAUGACUUCAUCAAAGAUGUUUGCUACGACUAAAGUAGUCCAGUCUUACGUCACUCUGCUGUCCGGAUAUCAGAAGAACACGCCGCAUACGAAUCAUUGUAUAGUUAAGAUGUUACACAGGAUUGCCUGGGAUUGCAGAAUGUACGGAUUGUUAUUUCAGGCUUCGGCGUUCCGGAUCUUCCAGAAUAUUAUGCACGAUCCUCAGAGACGCGAGGCAGGUUCGGUUAAGGAGUUGGCGAAAUUUGCAAAGUUCAUCGUUGAGAAGUUCUUCGAGUGUGCCCAGAAGAACAAGAAGGUUUUUAUGGAGAUGUUGUUCUGGAAAAAUUCGCGUGAGGUUUACGAAAUUCAAGAAGGUUACGGAAGUUUUGACAAGAAACAAUCUGCCAGAGUGCUAUGGACUGAAGAACAAGAAGACGAGCUCCAAAGGUUGUACGAACAAUACAAAGAUGUCAGGGAAGGAGAUAAAGACGUAGCAGACUUGAUCGUGGACAACUUGAUUGAUGAUACCAAGACAAGGCGACAAGUUAUUCGUCAUCUGAAAUACCUGGGACUUAUUAAGGAUUUGAAGGAGCUUCGCCAUAAACCCACCAGGACCCGAGUUCUUAUCGACUGGCGGGAAGAAGAAGAGGCUGAGCUGCGACAAUGGUACAAUCAGUUUAGAGAUGCAACAGACGUUCUUAGCCGUAUCGUAGAGAACUUGACAAUAAAACGGCCCCGGCAUCGUGUGGUGGAGAAAAUGUUACAGAUGGGCUUGGUUAACGACCGUAAACAGCUACGGAAGAAGCAAGUGAGAAAAACAGCGGACGAAAAACAGCGGAAGUCAAAACCGAGAUCUAAAACGAAAGCAAAUGAUAGCGACAACGACGAAGAAGAGGUUGAAGGAGAAUUCUUUCAAGACGAGAUGGAAUCUGAAAGUGAGAUCGAAUCACAAGAUGUAUUCGAUACUUGCGAAACCAUUGAUUCUUCCAAAUUUAAAGACCUAUUGCAGAAAGUUUUGGAAUCAGGAUUAGAACCAGGACUCCAGUGGCUAAAAUUAUCUCUGGAAAGCGCAAUAGAGGAUCGAGAAGACGAAGAUGAAAAUGAUGACGAGCCGGAAGCCGUACCUCUUGUUCCACUCACUGAAGACCACCACCAAGCAUUGACCAAUCAAGACUUCUGUAAGUUAAUGAAAACUAUGGGAAUUUGCUCGCCUGCAAAUGAACAGGAAACUUUUUGGCGAAUUCCAGUAAAUUUGAGUGUCAGAAUGUUGAGAACAAGAGUAAAUGUUUUGAACAAAGCGAUCUCAGGAGAUUUCACAUCUGCAGAAACUUCGAACAGCACAAAGAAAUUAAAUCCUCGAUACCAGAUGUUGUCGAAUCUGGCGAAAAGCAAGCAGGCUUCAGGGGAAGUUCACGAUGAUAAUGUAUUAGGACUACAGGACAAGCCUAAUCCUAAAAAAAAUUCCAUUAAGGAAAUUAGUAGCGACCGAAGGAGCGAGUUAAAGAGGUCAAAGAGGUCGUUGGAGGAAUCAUCUGAUGAAGAAAGCACAGGCAGCGAAAGUGUAGAGCCAUUUGCAGAAAGCGAUCGCCUUACCAGCGGCAAGUCGAGCUUUAAUGACAGCAGAGCAAACGAAUCUAAUCUUAGAAGCAGCCUGCAGGAACGGCCCAGUAAGAAGAGGAGGAUCGUUCGUUUGGAGGAAGAAAGUGACGACGACGUUCCUUUAUUACACAUUUCUCAAGUACAGAGAGAAGCCGAAGAAGAACUUAUGACCACUGGUGACUCUUUACAUCUUGAAGAUACUCAACCACCACAUGGUGAUAAAGAAAACUGGAAUAGUAGAGAGCUCAUUCAUGCAAGUACCAUGAGCGUGUUAAAUUCUGAUUCACACGAGGAUUCUGACUCUGACAUUGAAAAGAAUGUUUCACACAGAAAAUUGAAGAAGCACGUGAUUGAAAGUGACGAUGAUGACGAAUGAGCUUAGAUCUUAAAAGAUAAUGAACGCCACCUAUAGUCUAAUGUAAAAGAUAAUGAACGACUCCUAUAGUCUAAUGUAAAAGAUAGUGAACGACUUGUGUAGUCUAAUGUAAAAGAUAGUGAACGACUCCUAUAGUCUAAUGUAAAAGAUAGUGAACGACUCCUAUAGUCUAAUGUAAAAGAUAGUGAACGACUCCUAUAGUCUAAUGUAAAAGAUAGUGAACGACUUGUGUAGUCUAAUGUUUUAUAAUUUUUCAAGCUUUUCCUAAAAACAUCGAAUACUAUAUUUGAAAUUUUGU